AUGACUGUCUCGUUAUGCUUUCUGACUUGCUAGGGGCACAAAGACAUGAAGUAGCCUUAAUGAAUGGGCUAACUGUUAACUUGCACCUCCAGAUGCUAUCUUUCUUUAAGCCUACUCCAAGACGCUAUAAAAUUCUUCUAGAAGCCAGAGCCUUUCCCUCUGACCAUUACGCUGUCGAGUCCCAGCUUCAACUUCACAAACUUGAUGUGGAGAAAUGCAUGCUCAUGAUGCAGCCGCGGGAGGGGGAGGAGACCUUGAGGAUUGAAGAUAUCCUUGCUGUAAUUGAGAAGGAAGGGGACUCUAUUGCUGUCAUUCUGUUCAGUGGGGUGCAGUACUACACGGGACAGCUGUUUGACAUCCCUAGAAUAACAAAGGCUGGCCAAGAAAAGGGAUGCUUUGUUGGAUUUGACCUGGCUCAUGCUGUUGGGAAUAUAGAACUUCAUUUGCAUGACUGGGGAGUAGAUUUUGCCUGCUGGUGCUCUUACAAGUAUCUAAAUUCUGGAGCAGGAGGUCUUGCUGGUGCCUACAUUCAUGAGAAGCAUUCCCAGAGUAUUAAACCAGCGUAAGUAUGUUUCUAUACCUAA